CGUGGAAAUUAGCUAUACAUUUCUUUGAUAAUUUACAUUGAUAAUAACAUAUACAAACGCUGACAUGGCUAACAUACAUUUAAUGUAUUGUCUUGCCGAAUGCAAUACUGUAUUAGCAAGACGUUUAUAUACGGAACAUUUUCUUAAUAAGUGUUUAUUAGACAGGAUAACUUUCGAAAGAAUGCUUAAACCGUUUCGGUAUACAGAUUCAUUCGGAAAACGUUUGCGGAAUACUGGUAGAUGCAGAACCAAGAGAUCAAUGACUUUCAAAGAACGAGUUCUUCAUCGCAUUCGCCAAAAUAAUAAUGAAAACAUUUUUAAUGAAAACAAGAGUAGAAAAUGUUAGAAACGCCACUAUAUGGAGAAUUCUAAAAUGUCAUAUCUUUUUUUUAUAACAAAUUUAUCUUCUGAUGAUGACAGUAAUUUAGUAAGUCCUGAUAUUCAACCACAUAGAAAAUCAAUUAAUCGUAUUGAAGAUAGUGACAGUGAUAUUGGAAGUCCUAUUAAAGUAAAUGUUACAAAUUCAGAAUCAGAAAAAGAAUCCGAAGCUAAACAGAAGGAAGUAAAACUCAAAUAUUUAACUACAUUGUACCCACAAAAUGAUACUGUUUAUAUACAAGAAGUACUUAAUAAUGUCAAUUGGAACAUCGAAGAAGCUGAAAACAUUGUUAAAAAGAAAAGAAAACGAAGUUUGAAAGGGUCAAGUAAAAGCAGCUACAAAAAGCGAAGAAAAUUACACGAUGAAGAUGCUGAUGUAGAUUCAGAUGAAAUCAAAUAUAAGGAUAAAGUAUUUAAUAGCGAUGAUGAAGAUUCAGAUGCAGAAAUAUCGAAUGAUUUAACUCACGAUAAAAAAGCAGUUUUGGAAUUUAUGCGAACUGCACUACUGUCUGAAUUGCUUCUAAUACCACAGUGUUCACAAAAAAGAGCAGACGCAGUGAUAGAAGCAAGACCAUUUGAAAACUGGAGAGAUCUAGUUUUGAAAUUUCAAAAUAAUAAGUAUUUGGAUACAGAACUUUUAAAUUCAACUCAGGUGUUAUUGGCUACACGACAAGUAAUAGAAUCUCUUAUGAAAAAAUGCAUUCGUUUGUCUACAAACCUUGAAAAAGCAGUAGCUGCUGGUUCAUCUACUAUAAAACAACAGCCAAGAGGAUUGUCAUCAAAAUUAACAUUAGCGCCAUAUCAAAUGAUUGGUUUAAAUUGGCUCGCAGUUAUGCAUGCUCAGAAUGUAAAUGGUAUACUUGCAGAUGAAAUGGGAUUAGGAAAAACUGUUCAAGUAAUAGCUUUUCUUACAUAUUUAAGUGAAGCAGGACUUAAUAAUGAAAAAGAUGGGCCUCAUUUAAUAGUUGUUCCAAGUUCGACAAUGGAAAAUUGGAAUAAUGAAUUAGAAAGAUGGUCACCUAAUCUAAAAGUUGUCCAAUAUUAUGGUUCUCAAGAAGAACGUAAAGAAAUGAGAAUGUCGUGGCGAAAUGGUGAUCUUGAUGAUGUAGACAUUCUAUUAACUACUUAUAAUUUGAUCAGUAGUACUCCAGAAGAACGUAGAUUAUUUCGUGUUAUGCCAAUACAUUAUGUAGUUUUUGACGAAGCUCAUAUGCUUAAAAAUAUGAGUACAAUUAGAUAUGAAAAUCUGGUUAGAAUUAAUGCUAAACAUCGUAUUCUUUUAACUGGUACACCAUUACAAAACAAUUUACUGGAAUUGAUGUCUCUUUUGAUAUUUGUAAUGCCAUCUCUGUUUGCUGGAAAGCAAGCAGAUAUAAAAAGUUUAUUUUCUAAGAAUUCCAAAAUGUCAUCCGACAAAAAUAAUAAGCAGCCCCUGUUUGAACAACAACAAGUAAAAAAUGCGAAACAAAUUAUGCGCCCUUUUGUCCUUCGUCGACUUAAAGCAGAGGUACUUUGCGAUUUACCUGAAAAAACGGAUGAAGUGAUACGGUGCACUUUAACUAAAAAGCAAAUUCGUAUGUACAAAAAUUUAGUUGAAAAAUUCUCUGCCGAAGCUAAUGAAAGCACCGAAGUUAAUGGAGUUGGUAUGAUGAUGCAACUGAGAAAACUUGCAAAUCAUCCGCUUUUAGUUCGAGAUUAUUAUCAAGAAGCACAGCUUAAGAAUAUAGCUAAAAAAUUAGCUGCAGAACCUGGAUAUAAACAAAAAAAUUCAGAGUAUGUAUUUGAAGAUUUAUGCUGGAUGUCCGAUUAUCAAAUAAAUCAGUUAACGCGAAUAUAUAAAAGUUUGGGAGGGUUUGGAUUACCACAAGAAUUUAUUCCCGGAGCUGGAAAAUUAACGAAACUAGAUGAACUCCUAAAAGAUUUUAAAGAAAAUAAUCACAGAGUAUUGAUUUUCAGUCAAUUUACAAUGGUAUUAGAUAUCUUGGAAGAAUAUUUAACUAUUAGAGGACAUACCUAUUUAAGAAUGGACGGAAGCACACCUGUAACGGAAAGACAGUCUCUUAUUAAUGAAUAUACAGAAGACAAUAGUAUAUUUAUAUUCUUAUUAUCUACAAAAGCUGGUGGACUAGGCAUUAAUCUAACGGCUGCUGAUACUGUUAUAAUUCAUGAUAUAGAUUUCAAUCCAUAUAAUGAUAAACAGGCAGAAGAUCGUUGCCAUAGAGUAGGUCAAAAAAAACCCGUACGUAUAAUAAGACUUUUAGGAGAAGAUACUAUAGAAGAAGGCAUGUAUGAAAUAGCUCAAGAAAAACUUAAUCUUGAGCAGCAGCUUACUGGAAGUGAAGAAGGUGAGAAUACAGAUAAAAAAAGUGUUCUAAAAUUAUUAAAAAUGAUACUUGGACUAGAUCCGCAUAAUAGAUCAUUAUCACUGUCACCUUCGAAAAAUUCUAAUAAAAUACACAGUGAACUUGAAAAAAAUCAAGCAGAAACUGAUAUAGAAUUUUGAUUAAUACGUUUCUCUAUAUGGAACAGAAAAAUAAUUUAUAAAAGGCGACGUAUCGACGCACAUUAAAGAGAAGGCAUAUUUAUAUUAAUGCAUUUUGUAUCAAUUUCACUUAUAGAAUUUAUAGAUAUCAUUUAAUUUGUGUAAUACACAUUUGCAGGGUAGCUUUCCAGGAAUAUUUGCAAUCAUUUUUAUUUAUUUUCACAUAAAAACAAAGAAAUUUUGUAGCGGUGUGGUAAAUGGUAUGAAUAUAAAUUUGUGUUAAUAUUUAAAAAAUAAGAGAUCUAUCUAAAAGAAAAACGUAAACAUUUAAAAAUAUUUUUUAACCCUCAACAAGAAUGAUAUCUACAAUAGUAAGCAUUUAAUUUUAAAUAAAAUUCUUACCCAUUAUAUAAAUCUGUUAAAUGGCAGCUAUAUAGCAAUUAUAUUAGUUUACAAAUUUUUGUAUCAUCGUAUUUUUUAGUAUAUUUCAAUGAAAUGUAGGGGUGGUACGUAAUAGAAAGACUAAUAAUAAGUAAAUGCAUACGUAUAUCUAAA